UUCCCCACUACACAUAUUAAUUUCCCCACAUAUAUAUAAAUACACACACUCAUGCAUUUGUUGCAUUGAUCAAGUCCUCUUUUUCACACAACAGUUCAAACUUAAGAAAAGAGAGAAGUGGAUAGCGAGAGAUGCCUGAUUGGGGACCGGUUUUUGUGGCGGUGACGCUUUUCGUGUUGCUAACUCCGGGACUGCUGAUUCAAAUUCCGGGGAGGGGACGAGUAGUUGAGUUUGGAACGUUUCAGACAAGUGGUCUUUCGGUUAUUGUUCAUACUCUUAUUUACUUCACUAUUGUUUGUAUUCUCUUGCUUGCUCUCCAAAUUCACAUGUACAUCGGCUGAUAUAAAAUCACUUCUUCUUUUUCCUUUUAUUCUUUUUGUUUUUAUGUAUUUAGAUUUUUAUUUCACUUGAAUUGUGUGUGUACUUGAGUGUUUUGUUUGGUUCAAGAAACAAAGAGGUUUGAUUAAAUACUAUAUUAGUAUACUUUUACAAGCAGA